GGUUUCAUUUUGUUCGAAAGAUGUGCAUGAGAAUCUGCUAAGCUUCUUCAGUGUGUCACCAUUCACCACGUGCGCGCCACCGUAGUUCCUAGCGAGUAGUGAUGAAUUGUGAUCAUGGCUGUUAAGUAGGUGAGAGUUGAGACUCUCUCCCCUCAAAUCAAUGGUAGUUGAGGCUCAAGUUCCUCUACUUGAGUGUGUAAUGAACGUUGUGAAUGAACAUUAUCCAGGUUCAGUAGUUGAUGAACAUUGUGAAAUGAAGAAGCAGUGGAAUCAGAAACUCCAAUCUCCCUCAGGGGACAACUUGGUAUCAGUAGGGGAACUUUGGACUGAUGGACUAAUCUGUGCCUUUGAGUUCAUCAAGGGAGUUAGAGAUGUGGCAAAGAAAAGAUUUGAAGGAAGAAAGUUUAGUAGGAAUGGCUGUGUUGAUUCACCCCCAACUUUGCUAGAUCAAUCUGGAACCGGGGGUCUUGAUGAUGGUUUAGAUGAUUAUCACCAAUCACCUCAUCAAUUCAUUGGCAAAGAGGGUCUUCCUAGAAGUUACUGGAGGCCAAUUGGUUGGUCUAGGAUCUCCGAACUUGUGCAGGCAGUGCGAACUGAUGAUGGUUGGGCUUCACAGCUGCUUGAUUUCACAGAUGAUGAGAUUGAUGUUGCUGUUGCUGAUGUUGCAACUCCUUACUGGGAAAGGCCUGUUGGUCCAACAUGGUGGUGUCAUUUGGAUGCAAGCCAUCCAUUUGUUGUUACAUGGUUGGGUAAUUCUCAUUGGUUACAUCCUGCUAUUAGCAUAGCUUUGAAAGAUGAAAGUAGAUUAAUAAGUGAACGAAUGAAGCACCUUUUAUAUGAGGUUCCAGUCCGAGUCGCUGGCGGUCUGCUAUUUGAACUUCUGGGGCAGUCAGCUGGUGAUCCUUUAGCAGAGGAAGAUGACAUACCUGUUGUACUCCGAUCAUGGCAAGCGCAAAACUUUUUAGUUACAGCCAUGCAUGUAAAGGGUUCUGCAUCAAACAUAAAUGUAUUAGGCAUUCUAGAAGUUCAGGAGCUGCUGGCUGCUGGAGGUGCUAACAUUCCGCGCACCAUUCAUGAAGUUGUAGCACACUUAGCUUGCCAUCUUGCACGAUGGGACGAUAGGUUGUGGCGUAAACACAUCUUUGGGGCUGCAGAUGAAGUUGAGUUGAUGUUUAUGAACAGGAGAAACCAUGAGGAUUUACAUCUAUUCACAAUAAUAUUGAACCAGGAAAUUAGAAGAUUAUCGACCCAGGUUAUAAGAGUGAAAUGGUCGCUCCACGCGCGAGAGGAAAUUGUUUUUGAACUUCUUCAACAGUUGAGAGGAAAUACAACAAGAGCCUUGCUGGAAGGAGUAAGAAAGAGUACUAGGCAAAUGAUUGAGGAGCAAGAAGCAGUUCGAGGACGGUUGUUCACCAUACAAGAUGUCCUGCAAAGCACAGUCCGUGCAUGGUUGCAGGAUAAAAGCCUCACGGUUACACAUAACCUUGGAAUAUUUGGGGGUUGUGGCCUUGUUCUUUCCAUCAUCACCGGACUAUUUGGUAUAAACGUUGACGGAAUACCUGGAGCCGAAGGAACUCCUUAUGCGUUUGGCCUAUUCUCUGCCGUCUUGUUUGUGUUGGGAGCUAUACUUAUUGGAAUCGGAUUGGUUUAUCUCGGUUUGAAGAAACCCAUAAUGCAAGAAAAUGUUGCAGUGAGAAAGCUGGAGCUUGAAGAGCUGGUCAGGAUGUUUCAACAUGAAGCAGAAACUCAUGCUCAAGUGCGAAAAACAGGUCCUCGUAUGGAUGUUCCACCCACUGCAGAAGUUAGGGGAGCACCAAGUGGUGCAAAUAAUCGCUCUGUUUUCUCAAGGUUUUUCAAUUUAUAGAUAUUGUACUUUUGUAUGGUAGAAGAUCUUUAGAUUUUUUGUGUAUCAUUGUGAUUAUUCUCUAAUAAAAAGGUUGAUCCAAUGUAAAAAUGAAUUUCCUUGAAGUUGAAUUUAAAAAUUGAUUUGUCUCCUAAAAUCUGGGUUCAAUUUGCAGAAUAACUUUUGUACCUAGUACUU